AAACAAACGUGAUGUAGUUAUGGUGGUGAUCGUAAACGAUUUUUUUUCUUCAUGCUCACGACGGAAUUUCAACCUUGUUUACAAAAAUUCAGAGUGAAUGGUAUCAUCAAAACACAGUAUAAUGGAACUUAACAAUGGUGACAUUGUGUCAGAGACGAUUUAAGCUGCAGUGAAUGUUGCAUUGCCUUGAAUUUAAGCAUGGAACCUGGAGGUAGGAAGCAGUGGCAGAAAGGAGAGUUUCCUAUUGAGCUUCCUAAGGGACAGACUAAUACUGUCAAGGACGAUGUACCAGAUAAAUAUGAUGAAUACCUACUAUUACUGCAGAAGAAAAACAGGGUGUUGAAGAAACUGAAAGCCAAGGAUGACAAACAGAUCCAGCUGGAGCAGAAAGAGCAAGGAUUCUCCCUGUACGUCAAUGGGGCUAAUCAGAAGCUUGGCCUGACAGGUCCAAUCAAGCACUCACCCAGGAGGCCCAGCUCAAUGAAACCACAGACAGCUGGAGAUAUCCCUCGACGUCCUGUCCGUGGUCUCCAUGGUUACCAGGAAGAAGAAGACGCAGAAGCGGCGAGCAGGGCCAAGACUGCACCCAGCAAGGUGCAGAGGAGGAACUGGCUACAGCAAUCCUUUGACAUCAAGACCAACAAAGGAGAGAAGCUUAGGGUUAGGUCUCGCUGGGGCAAAGAUGAAGAUGAGGCAGAUUGUGAAUAUGAAGAUGAUUUUGAGAUGUAUGAGAGUGUGAAAGCAUCCCUGCCCCAGACCCAAGCAUCUCCCCCGCAACAAGACACACAAGCAUCUGCCGAGGAGCAUCCUGAGCAAGAGGACUAUGACAAGAUUACGGAGAACCUGACGUUGAUCCUAGAGGGGCCCACGGAGGGCGUCAGCGACAUAGAAGUAGAUGCAGGAGACUAUAAGAAAGGGAGCGUUGCCAGGGUAACAGAUGAAGAAGAUGAUGAUGAUGAUGAUGAUGACUCAAGCGAGCACCUCCUCCUGAGUAUUGAAGAUGUCAAGACACUAAGACGUAGUUUAGAAGCAAAUGCUGACAUACGAUGGAGCCUGUCUCAUCAGUGUGAUGGAAGUCCUGCAGCUUCAGAUGAUGAUAAGAACUCAGAUGAAGACAAGGCGAGAACUGACAUCAAAGAUGCAUUAGAUGAAGACAUUGAAGAGGACAUCAUGGCUGACAGUCUGGAGAUGAGACGAGAUGUGGCGCUGGAGCCAGGGGAUAUGAUUGUCCUGGAGUUUGCGUCAUCACCAAACAAAGGUCCAAGGCAGCAAAAGAUGCUGUCAGCAAAGAGGAAACCAGAUGCAGAUGAGGUUGCCAUGGCAACAAGACAACCCAAACCCAGCAUAACUGCAACUCAGAAAGAUUCCAGAAAAUCGUCAGAGCUGAGGGAACUUAGAGUAACCUCAGCCCCCUCCCCUUCCCGACCCCUCUCGUCUCAGAAGAAGCGAUCAGAGAAGGACUGGCAGGCAACCGAUGACAUGUCGGCCAUCCAGAGGGCCAUGAAGGCAGAGAAUGAGGCAGCAGCCAGCAAGAAGGGAGCCAGUGGGACGAGGAGUGCACCCCCACAGGCAUCAGCAAAGAUGUCGUCAGCGAGGCCGUCUCAAGUCACAGAGCAGCCUCGCUCUGCUUCUGUUGCACCGACGGAUCAACCUGCCGCCGCUACGGAGCCUGCUUCAGCCCUGACGUCCCCUCAGGAUCUGCUGUCCUCACAGAAUCUCAAUGAACACAAGCUGGCCUUUGUGCUGGACAAAGUCAAGCAUAUGGAUUCAAGAUCGCAAAGAAGGCUCUUGGCAGCACUGGGGAAAGUCGAGGAAUCGGCCAGGAUAGGGGAUGACGACACAACCCCCAGCCACACACCCAGACAAGACGGUGGUCAGACGGCGACAGACGACAAACCACACACUGCUGAGGGUGAUCUGGACAGAUCAGCUGUGUUCACUACACCCAUGCUGGCUCCCAGAGCAAAGAGUGCAGCUGCUACCGCAUCAAGUCAACCAGCCCUGCCCUAUUCACCACUCACCACAACCACCUCUGCUGCCACCACCACACCCACCACCCCGACCCAUGAGUUCACGCUAGAGGCCAGUAGCAACUGGGGUCAUCCGAACCGGAUCGGUCUGACCGAUGUCCAGUUCUUUGACCUGGCGGGCAAGCGGGUCAGCCUGAGCGCUGACCAGAUCAGAACGACUGCAGCAUGCAGAGAUGCCAAGGGGGAGCUGGAGAACAUUGUCAAUGGGAAAGCCAAGACAACAAAGGAUAGGAAUAUGUGGAGCUGUGCAUACCAGCGUGGUGAUUGCCUGAAAGUGCUGUUCAGUAUCCCCACUGGCGAUACCGCAACAACAGGCAUCUCACGAAUCGAUGUCUGGAAUUACAACAAGAGCCUGAAAGAGCUAAGCAUAGGUGUGAAGGAUGCGAGUGUAUUCAUGGAUGGCAGUCUAGUGUGGGCGGGGCGGGUCGACAAAGGCUGUGGCAAUCAAGUAUUUGAUUACAUGACGUCCAUCGUCCUCAGUGAAACAAGGACUGAUGACCCUAAACAAAUCACCCCCCUCGACGUGGAUUCCGACAAACAAAAGAGUACAACCGCUGUUUCGAGUCAAGUCUGCCGAGACACGAAACAGCCGCUGCAAAGGAACAAUAACGGUUGCCGAGACGACACGAAACGCGUCAGCGAAGAAAUCGACAAGGAGUUGUUUGCAAAGGAAAGGACUCCUCCUCCGACCCAGUCACAAGAGGGCGCUCGCCAAGUCUCUCGGACUGUUGAACAAGAGUCUAUUAAGAGGAAUGAUGCAGAGCAGAACAGGCCGGAAUUUCCACGCAGCAAGACAACGAUUCUGAAAUACUCAACGGAAAAUUUGGAGAUUCCAACCGUCGAUGACAGCCUUGAGAUCUAUGCAACGCCGAGGGUGUCCGAAAAAUCCCCAACACAACGGUCACAAGAGGAAGCGGGCAAAGAAAGACUCGCGUCUGGCCGAGCCACAGUGGUCCUUAAGGGGAGACCAGACGAUAACGAGAACAGCCAAGAAUCCCAGUCAGAGGGGGUGGAGCAGAGCCUGGAAGAGCCAUCCAUGAUGAAACAGCUACAGAGCAUAACAGGAAGCAAAGAGAGGCCCAAGUGGCUCCGCCCAUCCUCUGAUAAACAGACUGAUGGUGACAAGGCCAAGGGGAAAGCCAAGAGGCCACCAUGGCUAGGGAAUAUCAAUGAUGAAAAUACUCCCGAUGCAGAACCAUGCAGUGAUCUUGUAGGAGAAGUCAAAAGGGAAGAUGAAUCAUUGAGGUUGUUAGCAGACGAGCAUGAGGACACAAGAUGGAGGCAGCGAGGCUUCUCAAUAGACAGCGAUGAUUUAGGGGAGGAGCCGAUUGGCAGCAGGAGGCGGGCCCAGUGGCGUGCCAAUCGAGAGUUGAGCCUUGAAGAGUCCUGGACAUCACUCAAUCUCUUCAACAAGUCGCAGAUGGGACGGAUCUCGGCUAAUGUCAACACUGACAUUGCUGGUGAUUCACUCGAUGAGUACAUGACUGGACGGAAGUCGGCGCAGCUAGAAGAAGCAAAAGAUGAUAGCAGUGAUGAGUUUGAGAUUCCAUUGUUACCAAUGGGCCAGAGACUGACCAUCAACAUCCGCACGACCUGGGGCGACAAGCACUACGUUGGUCUCAACGGCAUUGAGAUAUUCAAGAGUGACGGGGAACCAGUCAACAUCGUUGAGAUUUCAGCUGACCCGCCUGACAUCAACAUCCUGUCCGAUUAUGGUAAUGAUCCUCGUGUGGUGUCCAACCUGAUCGACGGCGUAAACCGUACCAGGGACGACACGCACAUGUGGCUGGCGCCCUACACGCCGGGCGCCAGUCACUUCAUACAUGUGGUGUUUGAGUCCCCAACCAAAGUGGCGCUGGUUAGAAUAUGGAAUUACAACAAGUCUCGCAUCCAUUCUUUCCGAGGUGCCAGAGACAUCGAUAUCUCAUUGGAUGGCCAGUAUGUCUUCAAGGGUGAGAUCGAAAGGGCUUCAGGUAUAACAGAGGGAGAAACUGACAGUUUUGGGGACACCAUCUUAUUCACGGAAGACGAGGACAUUCUGGAGUUGAUCUCGAGACACGACGAGGCGUAUGUCGCUGAUGAGGAUUGGUUCAGCUCAAGUCAAGAUGAAGACGCGACGCCGAGGCCCAAGACAGCUGACCAAGGAGAGGAGCGGCCGAUGACCCAGGCUAGGAUGUUCCGAGACAAGAAGACCGUCAAGGAAAUCAUGGCUGACGAUGAUGAGCCGGGGAUGGGUCAGGCAGACUACCAGCAGCAUUCAGGAUUCUUCCCUGAGGACGCGGAUGAGGAGGGAGAGACGCAAACUCCUACUCCUCAUAUGACUGCCCGAGUCACUGGGACAAGCAGUGAUGAAGACGUGGCAUUCACUUGUAGACAUAUGAAACUGAAUUUCACCUCUACCUGGGGUGACGUCCACUACCUGGGGUUGACUGGCUUGGACAUUCUAGAUCCAGAGGGGGAAGCUAUCCCAGUCACCAUGGCAAUGAUGGAUGCUAAGCCCAGAGACUUGAAUCACCUCCCUGGAUACGGAAGGGACGACAGGACAUUGGACAAAUUAAUCGAUGGUGCCAAUGUAACCACUAGUGAUGAGCACAUGUGGUUGAUUCCAUUCACCGAGGGGGAGGAUCACAUCGUCACCAUUGACUUUGGCAGGGAGGUGCAGACAUCGGGACUCAGGAUAUGGAACUACAAUAAGACACCAGAAGAUACUUACAGAGGAGCUAAGAUAGUGCACGUGUACAUGGACACUAGACAGAUCUCACCAAGCGAGGGCUACCUGAUCAGGAAAGGGCCAGGAUACUGCCAUUUUGAUUUCGCUCAGGAGAUCAGCUUCAGUGAUUACAAGUCCAUGCCCCUGCUCAGCCAGCAAGCGAUGUUCGCAAAGGGGGUGCCAGAAGCCCUGAGGCAAAGUCUAGUUGCAAUGGAGGAGCCCAGCCAGGAGUAUGUUCCCAUGCACAUGCCAUGUGGCUUUGUUUUCCAGCUGCAGCUGAUUUCUACCUGGGGAGAUCCAUACUACGUUGGUCUGAAUGGCCUGGAGUUCUACGAUGCAAACGGAGACAAGAUCACACUCACAGAAACAAACAUGGCCGCUUAUCCCUCUAGUGUCAACGUCUUGGAAGAUGUGACAGAUGAUGUUCGGACUCCAGAUAAACUCAUCGAUGGUAUCAACGAUACAUCCGAUGGUAGUCACAUGUGGUUAGCACCUAUACUCCCUCAUGUGAUCAACAGGGUUUACAUCAUCUUUGACCAGCCGGUGGCUGUCUCCAUGAUCAAAGUGUGGAACUACAGCAAGACACCACAGAGAGGCGUCAAGGAAUUUGGGCUUCUUGUCGAUGACCUGCUAGUCUACAACGGCAUACUGGGUCAGGUGACGGCAGGCGCCCGAGGCAUCCUACCGACCCUUGACCUGCCCACGCCAUACCACACCAUCAUCUUCACCGAGAAUGAGCAACUCAGACAGAAAGAAAGACACACAAUCAUUCAUAACAGUCCCCAUGACCAGGACGUUAAGAUGACCAAUGAUCACACAGUGAUGACCAGCUCUAGCAAUCCCAAGAAACCAGCCAACCGGCCUGCAGACCCAGCUUUGCGUCCCAAAACCAGCGUGCACGGCCGCGGUGGGUCCGCAACACGAAGAAGGUAGCAGAACAGGAAGGCUAGUAGACAGUGACGCUGUGGACCAAGGGGUGAUGCUUCAGCCG